GGAUUUUCGUUCCACGAAUUUCAAUUAUUUUGCGUGUUCUGAGAUUUGUUGGCCUUCCGCUGCUCUUUCGGUAUUAGUUGGGUUUUUAUACGCGACACGUCCCUAGAUUGUAUAAGAUGGUUAAACUUUUUGUUGGAAAUAUUGCGGAUGGUGUCACCGACGACGAACUUAGAGAUCACUUUUCUCAGUAUGGAUCCGUCUCAGAAUGCAGCGUUCUGGGAAAUUAUGGAUUUGUUCACAUGGGCACAGACUCGGAAGCUGAAAAAGCUAUAAAGAAUAUGGACAAACGCAAGAUUCGAGGACAAGAACUCAAUGUAGAAAAAAGCAAAAGUUCUGGAGGUGGUGGAAGGAGAGGAGGAGGAGGCGGUGGAGGAGGAAGGGGAGACAGGGAUCGUCGAGGCGGUUUCGCGGACAAUAGUGCUGAGGCUAAAGCCGUUCGUAGAGCGGGAUGUACCAAGUUGCACAUAGCAAACUUAGCUGAGGGAAUGUCGUCGGUCGAUCUCCGUGUUCUAUUCGAACGGUACGGCUAUGUUGCCGAAUGUGAUGUCGUGGAAGAUAGAAAAAUCGCUUUCGUUCACAUCGAAUCUGGGGCUGCUGAUGCAGCAAUCAGAGGUAUAAACGGUCGGGAAUUUCGGGGAAUGGCCCUGAAAGUCCAGAGAUCAAAAAAUCAAGGUGGUGGGGACUUUGGACCGUUUCGUGGUGGAAUGGGUCGUGGUGGGGGUAGAGGGAGUUUCGGUGGUGGACGUGGUCGUGGAUUUGGUGGUGAUGGGUAUGGUGGAAUGGGGGGACGAAAUAGAGGGUUUGGCGGCGGUUAUGGCGAUUCACUUCUUGAUGCUGGUGGAUAUGGGGAGUAUGAUGAUUUUGGGGAUGGCGCUGCUAGUUUGCCACCACCUGCAAAAGGCAGAAUGGAGUUGCUGGAAUUACUUGAUAGACGUCGCCGACUUGAAGCGCUUGACCAAUAUGAGCGUAGGUUGAUAGCGUGCCCUGAUCCUUUCAACCUUCCCCCUCCACCGCCAGAAUAUCUGCGCUUGUUAAGAGAAAGGGCAAUGGUUAAAGCUCGCCUCCCACUUCCACCCUCGUCUGCCUCCCUUUCAAGAGCUAGAGAAGCUCCGCAGUCUGUUGGUUCGCCCAGUUCCACACUGCAGCGAGCUUUAUUAGCGAGACGUGCGGCUGCUGUAGCAGCAAGUGCACGUGAAAAAUUGCGCUCUUCAGCGGGUAUGCUCGAUGGAUAUGGGGAUCCCGACUCCGUCGGCGGUGGACCUGACGAUUACUUAUAUGGGGGGGGACUCGGAGCAGACUAUUAGACAUUUACCUUUGGGAAUAAUUUGGAGGCCGCAAAUCAGCUGUAAUACUUCAAAAACUGAUGUGAAAGUUUCGCACUGCAUGUCACAAAAAUGAUAGUUGUUAUUGGGCAACUACAAAUAUGACCAGUUAUUUCGCCAGCUUUUUAUUAUCUUUCGCUUUUACUAGUUGGUAGUUGUACUGCGUGAUUUUCUUAAUAAAAAAUCAAGCUGAAG